AUGGGUGACAUUUCCAAAGGGUCGCAUGAUGUCCUUGCAGGCCAGAAGGAUGACCGCGAUAUCGAACAGGCAGUGUUCGCGCCACGAGAUCCUGCUGGAAAGGACAACGAGCUGGUGGCGGUGACAACAACAGCAUCCGAGCGAUUACCCUUCUCCAAAAUGAGGAGUAUCGCGCUUGUUGCGGCCGUUUCUGCUGCACCUUUCCUGACUGUUUUCCAAUCUCAACUCACCCGAACGCAGCUACUCUGGGGUCGCUUGGCCGACAUCUACGGACGGCGACUGAUUUUCCUCUGGGGUUCAUCAUGCUUCACAAUCUUUGCAAUCGUGACGCCAUUCAUACCGAACGAGAUAGGCUUCGAUGUCCUACGAGGUUUGGCCGGACUGGCAGCAGCAGCUAUGUUUCCCACAGCAUUGGGCAUCCUUGGAACGACUUUCCCACCAGGCAAGGCGAAGGAUCUUGCAUUUGGCUGCUUUGGGGCCGGGGCGCCUUUGGGAGGUGUGGUAGGAAACAUCUUCGGCGGUGUUGUCAGUGAAUAUCUCAGCUGGAAAUGGGUCUUCUGGAUCUUUGGCAUCAUAGCUGCCGCAGCCACAAUUGCGGGUUUCUUCGUCAUCCCACUCCCCCCAGCACAAGCUGAGCCGAGCAUGCGUAACACGGUGGACUGGGUAGGUGGGACAUUGAUCACAGUCGGGCUGAUCAUCCUGCUCUUCGCGCUUUCCGAGGGCAACGACGUCGGCUGGAGCACACCAUGGGUACCCACACUUAUUGUCGUUUCCCUGCUCAUCGUCGUUGUGUUCGGCGUCUGGCAACACUACCUUGAGACCAAGACAGAGAAGCGGCCGUUGAUGAAGACAUCCAUCUUCAAGAAUCGGAACUUUCUGUGGGCCAACGUGAUCAUGGCGCUAUUCUUUGCGUCCUUCAACAAUUUUCUCGUGUAUGCGACAUACUGGUUCCAGGACUACCAAGGCUUGUCUGUCAUCCAGACAACGCUGCGCUUCAUACCGACUGGCGUGACCGGUAUUCUCGUUGCGCUUGUCACUGGAUACAUUCUUUCGUCCGUUCGUGGCGACUACAUUCUCACCUUCAGCACGACCUGUGUCAGCGUAGCGUCGUUGUUGUUCGCCAUACCGAUUCCGGAUGAUACUACGUACUGGGCUUACGGCUUCCCGGCUAUGGUCCUCAGCGUAUGCGGUGCUGAUACUCUGUUCCCUGUACUUACUCUAUUCGUGGCUAAAUCACUCCCACCUGAAGAUGCAUCACUUGGCGGCGCACUCAUCAUGGCUGUAGGACAAAUUGGACGUUCCAUUGGUCUUGCCAUCGCGACUGCAGUCCAGACCGCGAUUCUCGCAAACGAGAAGGGGGCCAGUGUUACGGAUGUUGGGAGUGAGGGGUACAGUUCACAGCAUUGGGACGAAGGACUCAAACUCAGCAUCCGAGGCGCUGCGUGGUUUAAUUUUGCCAUCAGUCUCGCUUCGACAGCAGUCGUAGUAUUCUUUGUUCGAGGCAUAGGUAUCGUUGGGGGAAAGGGCAAGCGAUAA